AUGAUACUUUAUUUUCCUUUGCAUGUUUAAUAAAAAAUAAAAAAAACAUAGCCCACUUGAUAGUUCUGAAAUAGUUGUAAAUGUCACUGUGUUACAACAUGUUUAGGCAAACUAUUUUUUUAAAUGCUUAAAUUACUUGUGAUAUAUAAUGACUUUAUUUGGUACUAUUAAUUUACUUAAAAUAUGCAUACUAAUAAGUAGGAAAAACAACACAAAUACAGCUUGCUUUCAUAAUAAACAAAUCUUCAUUAGAUAUUUUGGCGUUUUAAGCAAUAAUAUUCCUUCAGUAUUUAGUCAAUGCAUUUAUGUAAUAUGGAAAAAUUCUUACUCUACAAAAUAUGACUCCAAACUUGAAACUGCUAUCAAUAAGCAAAUCCGAGUGGAACAACAGGCAGCCCAGGAUUAUUUGAACAUAGCAGUCACUUUCCUGCAUCCAUGCUCGUGUCGGCCCGGAGCUGGUGGCUACUUCAUGAGGAUGUAUGAAGAAGAGUUGGGCCACAUGAAAGACUUUAUACAGUACCAAAUAAUGAGAGGAGGGGUGCCCCUUAUAGCAGGAAUCACUGCUCCAAAACAAUAUAAGAAACUUACGUUGCUAGAGGCAUUUCAGAAAGCACUUGAAAUGGAAAAGUCUGUUACAGAGGAUUUAAAUAAAAUUGUGGUUGCAGCAGAGUCUGUAAAAGAUUACCAGUGUGCUGAUUUUGUGACAUCAGUGUUCUUAGCAGAACAGAUGCGCUCUUUAAGUGAAAUGGCAGGACAUGUGCAGACAUUAUCAAGACUUUGUGAUGAACAUGCUAUAUAUCAUUAUGACACAGAAUUAAGGAAAUCCCAUCCAUAUUCUUUUAAAUGUAAGUGUUCUUAA